CUUCCCCAGCUGAGGUGAUAUCAUUCCAUAUGUUUUGAGUGGAUUUGAAGUGGUAUCUGCGGUAUCUGUCCCCUGCCAUGGCUCUCAUAAGGGUACUGCGAUUGUCUGUCCUACUUGUUGGCUGUCAAGUAAUUGCUUCCAGGAAUGGGUUGGCUGGGAAGCUUGGAUAUGCACAAGGGCUGGUCCAAACCCCCAUAUAUCAGCCCUAUGAAGAGCAGACUGGAUCCGCUCCCCAGCAGAAACCAUGGAUGCCCAACCAAAAGCAAACCCUCAUGACAGCACAGACACAAAAGAGCUCAUUGCCCAACCACCAGCAGCAGCAGCCUCAUGGCUACCAGCACCAGCAGCACCCUCGUAGCUACCAGCAGCAGCCUCAUGGCUACCAGCAGCAGCCUCAUGGCUACCAGCAGCAGCCUCCUGGCUACCAGCACCAGCCGCAGCCUCGUGGCUAUAACGACCGCCAGCAGCAGCAGCCUCGUGGCUACCGCCAGCAGCAGCAGCCUCGUGGCUACCAGCAGCAGCAGCAGCCGGACUUCCCGAAGAAGCAGCCUCAAGGCAACUAUCUCUUGGAGCAGCGUCUACACCCACAGCUAGUUGAAAAGCAUCCUAGCAUUGUGCCCAAGCUUUGUACCGCGAUUGAGAAUAUAGCUAGCUGGCUGCAAGGUCCCAGCUGUGUCCAAAAAAAAAAGCCACUACUCAGUGAUGUGCAAGGGCAACAUCAACUGCGCCUAGAUCUGCUGAAAAUUCUGCACACGUUCCCAAGUUGGCUGCAUUCCUCGGGCUCCAUUCCCGAGCAGAAGCCACACAUUCCCCAUGAGCAUGAAGAACCAGAGAAACCUAUCUACAUGCCCAAGCACGAGCCGUCUAUGCCCCAGCAGGAGCCAUCUAUGCCUGAGCAGGAGCCAGCUAUGCCCGUGCAUCCUAUGCAGCAGGAGCAUCCAUCUAUGCAGCACCCUAUGCAAAUGCACCCUAUGCAGAUGCAAAUGCACCCUAUGCAGAUGCAGCAGCCAUCUAUGCAGAUGCAGCAGCCAUCUAUGCAGAUGCAGCAGCCGCCUAUGCAGAUGCAGCAGCCGCCUAUGCAGAUGCAGCAGCCGCCAAUGAUGCAGAUGCAGCAGCCGCCAAUGAUGCAGAUGCAGCAGCCGCCAAUGAUGCAGAUGCAGCAGCCGCCAAUGAUGCAGAUGCAGCAGCCGCCAAUGAUGCAGAUGCAGCAGCCGCCAAUGAUGCAGAUGCAGCAGCCGCCAAUGAUGCAGAUGCAGCAGCCGCCAAUGAUGCAGAUGCAGCAGCCGCCAAUGAUGCAGAUGCAGCAGCCGCCAAUGAUGCAGAUGCAGCAGCCGCCAAUGAUGCAGAUGCAGCAGCCGCCAAUGAUGCAGAUGCAGCAGCCGCCAAUGAUGCAGAUGCAGCAGCAGCCAAUGAUGCAGCAGCAGCCUAUGCAGAUGCAGCAGCAGCCUAUGCAGAUGCAGCCGCCGUCUAUGCCGUUGCCUCAACAGCAAGGACCUGUCUACAUGCCCCAACAGAAGCCGCCGCCCAUGAAGCGGAAGCCGCGGCCGCCCAUGCAGCAGAUGAUGCCUCAACGGCAGUAUCCACGUAAAGGGUGAUUGCUGGAGGGUCCUCAGUGAAGCGGAGUUCAACCAUUCAUCUGCCUACAGAAAUGUAUAAUAAAAUACUUAAUUUUA